AUGGCCCAAUCUGUCCCACCAGGAGACAUCCAGACCCAGCCCGUCGUGAAGAUCGCCAAGGUGAUCAAACCCUCGGCUCGACCACCACUUCGUGUCAAUCCCUCGGCCCGACCACCAAAUGGAAUCAAGACCACCAACACGAAGCGUAGUGGUGUCGACUCACGGGACCCAAUGUUCUGUCGUCCGUCUCUUUCUUUCAGGUCAGAAGGGUUUUCACACAUCAAGAACGACGGUAUCAACGUCGAGCCGACGAACACCCCAGAUGGUGCCUCCAAGCAAUUCAGUCGUGAGUGGUCCCAAAAAGACGAUAUGGAUCCGAAAAAGCAAGAGUUCCUUGCCGACGGCUCCUCUCUAAACGCGUACAUCCAUCUAUGGUCACUGGGUGUUGAAAUGCAAUUCUAUCUUCUCGUCCCAUUCAUUUUCUUUGGUCUCCAAUCAUUGAAAAACGACUUGCUAAGACUUAUUGCUGUUUCCCUAACAACUAUCAUCGGUUUCCUCUGCUUCGCAUUCAUCAACCAACAAUUCGCCUUCAAUUUCAUGUUUCUAAGGUUAUGGCAAUUCUCAGCAGGAUUUAUUGCCCUGUUCUGGAAGAAAACAAGUUUCUAUGAGUACUCUGAAAAACUUAAACCAGCAAAAAUAGAAAUGGUGUUACCUGUGGCUAAGGAGGACUUGGUGACCGUGUCUUUGUCAGUGAUUGCUUUAUGUAUACUACCUUACAAGCUGGAAGUUUUGGUGUUAAGGCCAUUGGUGACUUUAGCAACGGCGUUUGUUAUAGCCAAUGAAUCUCAGGAUAACCAAUUCCUGAAAUCCAAAACUCUAUGUUACGUUGGAGAUAUUUCCUAUGUGAUCUACUUGGUGCAUUGGCCACUCAUUGUAAUUUUUCUCACCUCCACGUUGAAAACGCAUAUCUGCUGUAUAAUGGUCACUAUUAUCGCUGCUGUAGUACUCCACCACUUAUUCGAGAAACAAUAUUUGAGACUUGACUGGAAAGCAUUAGUCCUAUUACUCUUCAUGCUGGCUCUGAGUAACGCCUUCCUGCAGAAUAGUGUCAGAGAGCACAGCUUCUGGAACAACACCUAUCCGGAUGAGAUUCAAUUGAUAGUCAAUAGGAAUAAGGUGAUGCUUCCAAACCUGUGGGAAACAGAACCUUCAAACGAUACGUGUGCAGAGACUACACUGGAGGAUCCGAUAGAGAAGAAGCGAGUUUUUGGAUACUGUAGAUAUCCGCGUGGCACUGGAAACAUCUCCGUCAUGAUGAUUGGCAACAGCUAUGUCAUGAACCUUCAUGAUCCUAUCCGAGCUCAAUUCCACUAUAACUACUCAGAUUUCAGAUAUAUUUCUAUAGGAGAAGGUUACGGGUUCUAUUCCGACAAUUAUUGGUCUGGAAUCGCAUUGGACAUUUUUAAGAAGCAUGUAGAAACACAUAGGCCGGAUGUUCUUUUUGUAUUGGCUAGGUACUCUCCGGCUAUCAGAACACAGUUCAAAGAACCAGAUGCUUUUGUGGAUCAGAUGAAUACGAAUAUCGAAUUUUUGGAAAGAUUCGUAAAGAAAAUUUAUAUCCUGGGCUCCCAUCCACUUUAUAAUUUGAACUUCCUCAACUUCUUUUUGCAAUACGCAGUCCAGCGACAAUCCGAAUUGGAAUCCCUUCAUCUAAACCGACUAAAAGCGGAUGAAGAAAUGAGAUAUGUCAAAAAGCGGUUUAGUUUGAUAAAGUGCAAAAAGUGCCAGUUCUUCGACCUAAGCCACGUGUUUAUUGAAAACGACAAGUACCUAACAUUCGAUAGGGACCAGAUGCUAUCUUAUGUUGACAACUCAAUUCAUCUCACUGGUCCUGGAAUCAAGAUGUGCGAGCCUGUAUUUCAGAAGGUUGCUAGGGAGGUUAUGGACACUAUUUGA